UUCUGCCUCUGUUGAGUUGCAGCACAGAUAUUAUACACAUUAUUCUUGAAUGAGAACUUCAUUCCCUUGAGUUGCGUGGACAAUGGUACAGGAGAACACAUGUCUCAGGCGACUAAGCAUUGGCUUCAGUGCCAUUCUGGGGCUUUUGGGAGCCAUUCUCGUUAGUUUGGGGGCCCUUGUACAUGCUCACGAAAAGGAGGUUGAACAGGUGAGACCCAAAAGAGAUUCUAUUAUCUCAGGAGAACAUUUUCAAAUACUUUGACACACAUUUUACCCAAUUCAUUUUACAUACAGUAAAUAACUAUCUAAAGUACUUGCUGUGAAAUGCACAUUUCUUCACCUUGUGUUGGAUAUUGUUAUGGGGAUAACAUCUCUUAAAUGGAUGAAUAACAAUGUAUAUUAUUAGAAGGAUAUUUCUGCUGCCCCAAGAAUGGUCAAUUCUGUUUUCUUGCCAUGAAAAAGAUGUUCAUGCUAUAUUGGAGACAAAUGUAGAUAAAAAUAAAUAAAAAUAGGUAUAUAAAUAUCAAUAUGUUAGAUAAAAAUAGCAACUAAACAAAAUGUGUUUAUUAAAUAAAAUAACAUUUUAAACUGAUGGAUGACAACAGCCAGACAAGAACAAAGUUUUCCUAUAGGCUUACUUGAUGAUUCCCAUUUGUUUACUUGUGCCCAGUCUGAGAAAAAUACCUUUGUGGGAGCAACUCUGUGUUGUGUUUUUGGAUCGCUUACCCUGGGAGCCUGCCUUAUUGGCAUUUAUGGUGCAUACAAGGAGAAGAAGAUACCCUUGAGAAUCUAUUUUGGGAUUUUGAUUGGUGAAAUACUUUACAUCUUGUAUUUUAUAGUACAACUGGUAUCCCUUAAAAGCAAGAUAAAUGAGCAGCUGGAUGCUGAAUUCAAAAGCAUGAAAACACUAAACUCUGCACCUGAUGAAAUACAAGAAAAUUUUAGAAAAAUUCAGACAGGGUUUGAGUGUUGCGGGUAUUUCGGUUACCAAGACUGGGUAGAUGAAAUUCCGGAAUCAUGCAAGUGCCCAUCACUCGAUUUGGCUAAAUCGAUAUGUCAGACUGUGAAAACGAAAAAAAAGACAUAUAGCUAUGGUUUCCAGGAAAAAUACGUGGAGGUGCAGGUGUACAAGGAGCCUUGUGGUCCUGCGAUUUCCCAGUAUAUGGCCUCUGGAGUGAAUGCAGUUUUUGGAUUUGCUUCUACUUUUCUCGUGGUCAUGAUUGUUUCAGCCCUAUUGUCUAUAGGACUGUACCUCAGUAUCGGACAGCAAGACAACACCACCGCAGUCUCUUCAGAGGAUCCCAGGCUGUCCUUGAAGUUCUGCAACAAUGAUAUCAUUACUGCCUAAGAAGAAAUGAUACUUGAAAAACAAAUGAAUAAAUUGUGAUUUCUUUUUUUUUUGGAAAAUGUAGUACGCUUUCCAUUUCAGCACAGGCUGGUCUCUUUCACCUGAUGGGUAAGUCUGCAGGGUGUGACAAAAGUAAGCAUUCCUAAUUUAUGGUAAAUUAUUACACCCUGCAGCAUGGAUAAAAAUACAAAAUCAAAAAAAUCUGACAUAAGGACAAAGGUUAAUAAUAACCUUUCUAUAAAUAAAACGUGGGCUUUUUAGGACAGGAAACAUGGAAGACUGGCCUGCUCUCACAAUUUAUGCCUGAAUCAUGUAACCACCCCCCUUAAGUCUCCUGAAUUUGUGUCACGCGCACCUUGCCCACACCUGCCUCUCAUCAAGGUGACACGGGAUAAAAGGACCGGGAUUCAAUGCCUUCUCACAGAGCCUCACUCAAGCAACCAUGACUCCUGUGUGCAUAACGAUUCCUGCCUCUUCGCUGUUCCCGAUCUACUGGCUACUGACCUUCGCUUCAUUUUACCUCUUACGUCCCUUGUCUGUCCCAAGAAACCCUGAACGCUCAUCGCCUGAUCCACGCCUGUCCCUGACUAUGGCUCUUUGUGUUGCUCCUUGGCUUUUCUUGUUAAUAAACAAAACCUGUAAUUGGAUCCUA